AUGCCACCCCCAAUCCCCUCCGAGAUCGCCGAACAAAUCCGACUCAAAAAAUCCCAAUACUGCCGCUUCGCCGACACCAACGCCUGGGACAAGAUGGACAACAUCCUCGCCCCCGACGCCACCUUCGCAUUCUACGAUUCCGAAGGAUCCCUCGUCUGCGUCAACGGGGUGGAGUUCAAAUUCAACUCGCGCGCCGAGUUCGUCAACUACUUCAGCGAGGCGUUUAAGGUGCUGCAGACGAUUCAUGUCGUUGGGCCCGGGGAGCUGGAGCAGGUUGGUCCGAAUGAGGUGAAGGCUGUUUGGACGGUUAUUUAUCAUUCCGGGACGAGGGGGACGGAGGGGGGUAUGCAUGGGACCGGGGGUGGGCAUUAUUAUGAGACGUGGAGGAGAGAGGAGGACGGGGAGGAGUGGUUGAUGAAGGAGAUGAGGAUGGAGAGGGUUUAUUGGAAGGUUUUGGGGGUUUGA